AUGGCGCUGCCGGACGGGAGCUUCAACGGGACCAUGUCGGCGUGGGUCAGAUACGAAACCGACAUGAGCACGCUGUCAGUGACCCUUCGCUUCGACGAUCUGCCGGAGCUGGGCCUCUACAACGUCAGCGCGAUCGUCGACUUCAAGGACGCCGGGCUGCCGGCGUACGCGGCGGUCGGGUUCUCGGGAGCCACCGGGGAUUUCAUCGAACGCCACCAGAUUCUUUCUUGGUCGUUCGAGUCCACUCUCACCAGCCUCGCCGUCGUCAACAAGACCGGAUCUGCAGUUGAGUUUGUGGUUAUGUAA